AGGAGAAGAACCCAAGGAAAGUCAUGAGGGCGUUGUUAGACACCAGUCUUACCUUCCUAAUGCUGUAUUUCUGCUUCUCCUCUGCUGUGUCCUCCUCUCUUUAUUCCUCCUCUUGUCAUGCACAGGGACCGUUUUAUUUAAAUGGGAUGCACAAAACAGGAGAUGUGAUUCUAGGUGGGAUUUUUAAAGUUCACUUCUUUUCUGCUGAUCCUGACCUGUCUUUUAUCUCAGAGCCACAACAGCCUGACUGCUAUAGCUUUGAUAUUAGAGGAUUCAAGCUGGCUCAGACCAUGGCCUUUGCUAUUGAUGAGAUCAACAGAAACUCCAACCUGCUGCCUAAUGUGACACUGGGAUACAGUCUGUAUGAUAACUGCCUUCAACUAGGAAUUGGAUUUCGUGCAGCACUGACCUUAGUCAGUGGUCAAGAAGAGCAAGUUAUAUUGGAGGAGAACUGUGUAGGAACUCCUCCAGUCCUAGGGAUUGUGGGAGAUUCUUCUUCUACACGUACUAUUGCAAUAUCCACAGUCUUAGGUUUAUACAGAGUGCCUCUGGUAAGUUAUUUUGCCACAUGUUCCUGCCUGAGUGACCGACAAAACUUUCCAUCUUUCUUUAGGACGAUCCCGAGUGAUGAUUUUCAGGUGAAUGCUAUGAUUCAGAUUCUAAAACACUUUGGUUGGACUUGGGCAGGUCUAAUUAUCAGUGAUGAUGAUUAUGGAGUCCACGCUGCCCGAUCCUUUCACUCUGAUCUGGGUCCAGCUGGUGGAGGUUGUCUGGCAUACACAGAGAUUUUGCCCUGGGGUGAUGACCCUGCUGAACUAAGCAGAAUAGUGGAUGUAAUGAGGAAAUCUACAGCUCGAGUGGUGAUUGUGUUUGCACAUAAGAGUCACAUGAUUAACCUCAUGGAAGAGGUGGUGAGGCAAAAUGUGACAGGUCUGCAGUGGAUGGCCAGUGAAGCCUGGACAUCAGCUGCUGUGCUUCAAACUCCUCACCUCAUGCCGUACCUGGGAGGAACACUGGGCAUCGCCAUCCGUCGAGGAGAAAUGCCAGGGUUCAGGGACUUCCUGCUACAAAUACGUCCUGACCGACAUCACAACAAUAGAACUGGAAAUAAUGUGGUGAAUCAGUUUUGGGAACACACAUUUCAGUGUAGAUUUGCACCACCUCCAGCAGGUUGGGUGGAAGCUGGAGGAGAAUUAUGCACUGGACAGGAAGUUAUAGAGAAUGUGGAGAAUGAGUUCCUGGAUGUUUCAGACCUCAGACCAGAGUAUAAUGUGUAUAAGGCUGUGUAUGCUCUGGCGUAUGCUCUUGAUGACAUGCUGCAGUGUCAGCCAGGGAGAGGACCUUUCAGCAACAACACCUGUGCUCAUUUACAAAGACUGGAGCCAUGGCAGCUUAUGUAUUACAUGGAAAAAGUCAACUUCACCACAACAUUUGGUGAUCAAGUGUCGUUUGAUGAAAAUGGUGAUGCCUCACCUGUAUAUGACAUUAUGAACUGGGUGUGGCUCCCUGAUGGAAGAACUAAAGUUCAGAUUGUUGGUGAGGUUAAGAGGUCAGCCUUCAAGGGUGAAGAACUCACACUGGAUGAAGACAAAAUCGCCUGGAACUUUGAAUCCAAACAGCCUCCUCGGUCAGUGUGCAGUGAGAGUUGUCCUCCAGGUACCCGCAUGGCCAGAAAGAAGGGGGAAUCUGAGUGUUGUUUUGACUGUGUCCCUUGUUCUGAAGGAAAGAUCAGCAAUACAACUGACUCGAUGGAGUGCACCAGCUGUCCAGAAGAUUUCUGGUCCAGCCCCCAGCGUGACCACUGUGUUCCUAAGAAAACAGAGUUCCUUUCCUACCAUGAGCCUCUGGGUAUCUGCUUGACAACCACCUCACUGUUGGGUACAUUUAUCUGUGUUGUUGUUCUGGGCAUCUUCAUCCAUCAUCACAGCACACCUAUAGUUCGUGCCAACAAUUCAGAACUCAGUUUCCAGCUCUUGGUGUCACUUAAGUUCUGUUUCCUCUGCUCGUUGCUCUUCAUUGGACGGCCCAGAUUAUGGACUUGCCAACUAAGACAUGCAGCAUUUGGCAUCAGCUUUGUGCUUUGUGUCUCAUGUAUUCUGGUGAAAACCAUGGUGGUUCUGGCUGUGUUCAGGGCCUCCAAACCAGGAGGUGAGUCCAGUCUGAAGUGGUUUGGUGCUGUGCAGCAGAGAGGGACAGUUCUGGUUCUGACUUCUGUUCAAGCAGCAAUCUGCACUGCCUGGCUUGUCUCUGCUUCACCAGUGCCUAAUAAAAACACCCAGUAUCACAGUGACAAGAUAGUUUAUGAGUGUGCAGUUGGGUCCACAGUUGGUUUUGCAGUUUUACUUGGUUAUAUUGGUUUACUGGCUGUCCUCAGUUGUUUGUUAGCUUUCCUUGCAAGGAAUCUUCCAGACAGUUUCAAUGAGGCCAAACUCAUCACUUUCAGCAUGUUGAUCUUCUGUGCAGUGUGGGUGGCCUUUGUCCCUGCUUAUAUCAGCUCACCUGGCAAAUAUGCAGAUGCAGUGGAGGUAUUUGCCAUCCUGGCCUCCAGUUUUGGCAUCUUGGUGGCACUGUUUGGACCCAAAUGUUAUAUAAUCCUGUUGAGACCAGAGAGAAACACAAAGAAAGCCAUCAUGGGUCGAGGCAUUGGGUCAUAAAAACUGCAAGGAACAGAAUGUGUCAAUUCUAGCUACCUUCUACAUACAAAAUACUGGUAGAACAAUACUUCUAUCAAGAAAGAGGGUUUAUGUUAAAUGAAUGUUUUUUAUCUAAUAUAUUCAUGAUCACUAAAAAAUUACCCUUUUUCAGUAACUAUAAAAAUUACAGGACACUUUUCUUCAAAUUCCUUAAAGUCUAUGAGUAAACGUCAGCUCCCUAAUUUGUUAACACUGCAGAUAUUGACAACAGAAUGUCAGCUGUUGCACUAUUGGCUACUCUACUUUACAAUCGUUAUGGCAACAAAUUAGAAGAUUAGAAUUAGCAUUGGAGUGUCUUUUUUAUCACAGUUAACAGUGCACACAGUGAGAGCUACACAACAGGAAGUCAAAACACAUGUCACCAAGCAAUCAAAUACACCAAACAGACAACAAUAGGUAACAUCACAGUGAGUAAAAAACAUAAUAACAAAGAAAGCAGUUUAAAAAAACAUUCAAACUCACCGUUGUUUUUAAGUACAAUCUGUCAGCCUUUGUCAAUGUUGAACUGUGACUCAGGAGCGAGUCUGCAUGCAAAAUGUGCAUGUGUAACGUGCAGGAAUUUCCCGUGCACCUCCUCUCCUAAAAAAAAUA